AUGCGUGAAGUGCCAAGAGAACGCCAAUUUCCACAGGGCACCGGCCUCCGAGUUAAGCUUGUUAACGUCCUCCCGGCCAUUCUCUCAAUGGGGAGUCGACCUCUUAGGACCCUUCCCUGUCGGUCCUGGCAGGUCAAGUACCUCAUAGUUGCCAUUGAUUACUACACCAAAUGGAUAGAAGCUGAACCACUAGCUAGCAUAUCCUCAUCCAAUUGCAGGAAAUUCUUGUGGAGGCAGGUGAUAACGCGAUUCGGGGUCCCGGAAGUCGUCAUCUCGGACAACGGCACGCAAUUUACCGACAAGAAGUUCACGAAAUUCCUCACCGGCCUGGGUAUAAGACAGAGGUUCUCCUCGGUAGAACACCCCCAGACAAACGGACAGGUGGAGUCCGCGAACAAGAUCAUCCUUUUAGGGCUGAAGAAGCGAUUGGAUAAUAAAAAGGGUGCUUGGGCCAACGAACUAGCCUCGGUACUCUGGUCUUACCGAACAACCGAACAAUCAUCCACUAAGGAGACUCCUUUCCGACUAACAUACGGAUUAGAUGCGGUAAUACCCGUAGAGAUCGGGGAACCGAGCCCCCGGCUACUUUUGAAAGGAGUGGAGGAAGCCGUGGAAAAGGACUUGAUAGACGAAGUCAGAGAAAUGGCCCAUUUGACAGAGACAGCGCUAAAGCAAAGAAUGGCCCUACGCUAUAACACCAAAGUGCUCAAAAGGGAAUUCGAGCCAAACGAUCUCGUCCUAAGGCGAAACGACAUCGGCCCACCGACCCCUGGAGCAGGUAAGCUGGCGGCAAACUGGGAAGGCCCCUAUAGAAUUAAAGAAGCAAUGGGUAAAGGCGCCUUCAAGUUAGAAAGGCUAAAUGAUAACGCGCUCUAUCACAACCCGACAACGAUGCGCGGCCCCGGGACUGAUCACCCCGGGAGCCCGUCAAAUACCGUCAUAACAAAUGACUACGCAAAAGGCCACGGCUCGUUAAUAUAA